AUGAAACAACUACUUCUAAUACUCGCCUGCUUUGCAGUGGGAAUGGCCAACCGUGUGUAUAUCCAUCCCUUCUCCCUCCUUGACACUGGUGAUGUAGAGUGCAAGGUCACCAAUAGUAAAGACAAGGGGCCUUUAGAGAUCAUUCAUUCUCUGACUGCCAUUCAAGACGGCACGGAGCCGGAUCCCCGUCCUGCAACUGAAGAACUAAAGAACCUCACCAUAUGGACUACUGUGGUGGCUGAACUGCAGAACUCUCAGAUCCUGCGAUUAUAUCAGGCACUGAGCCGCAAGCAAGGGAACACCAAUGUACUUUUCUCUCCUUACACUGCCUUCGGUACCCUGGUAACUUUAUACCUUGGAACUGCCAAGAGUACUGCUAGUGACUACCAGCAAUUUCUGGGACUCCUCUGGAAUACUGAGAAGCCUGGUUGUGUAAAAGUUGUAAAUGGACACAAGGUACUGCGUGCACUUAAAGCCAUUGGCUCAUUAAUUGAUGGACCUCAAGAUGAGCUCAGAACCCUUGUUUGGACCUUUGUAAGCAAUGAUGCCGACUUGUCCAAGGACUUUGUGCAUGGCAUUCAAGAGUUUUCAGACACCUCUUUUAUUCGAGCAGUGAACUUCUCCCAGCCCAAAGAAGCUGAGGCACAAGUCAACACUUUCAUUCAAAAGACAUCCCACAGCAAGGUUGAAAACCUUUUUAAAGAUAUCAGCCAGUCAACAAACCUGCUGUUUGCAAGCUCGGCACAUUUCAAAGGGAACUGGAGAACAGCUUUCCAGCCCGAAAAGACAACUGUGCAAGACUUCUGGAUCAACGAGAAGUCCACUGUGAAAGUACCUCUGAUGACACACACUGGUGACUACAAGCACCUCCAUGAUCCUGACAAGAAGUGCACUGUAGUCAAACUUGACCUCAGCAAGCGGACCUACAUGCUGUUGGUGCUGCCCAGUGAGGGAACCAAAGUGCAAGACAUUGAAAAUCAGCUACAGCCAGACACCAUAUCUACAUGGCAUAAGCAUCUAAAGGAGCAAUACCUGGAAUUGUCCCUGCCGAAAUUCUCAGUGACCGCUGUGACCGACCUGAGAUCAUUGUUAUCCGAUUUGAAGCUUGAUAAGCAACUGCUGGGUUCUGAUGCCAACUUUCAGAGACUCAGCACCAAGAGCAAUUUCACCGUCGACAAGGUGAUCAACAAAGUCCUUUUUGAGAUGUCCGAGGAAGGGAAGGAGGUUCCGAACAAGUCUCAGGAUGAGCGAGUUCCUCUGAGAGUCACCGUGGACAGACCCUUCCUUUUUACCGUUGUAGAAGGCAACACUAAUGCUAUACUCAUACUGGGAAGGAUACUGAACCCAAACCUGUAA